UGUUUUUUGUUAUUUAUAUUGUAUGUAAAAAACUGAGCCUGUUGUUGUCAAGGUCGUUUCCAGGGAAGCUAUCAGGCUUCAGGAUCCACGCACGUUUGACUUCGUCAUAUCUUGGUCAUCAAGCAAGUCAAACUCUGGGGAGGUUCGGCCUGGCAAUGCUCAGAGCUGCAGAAUUGAAUCAUAUUUUUAAGCUUUCGGUAAGCUGUACUUCUAUGUGUGUGUGGAUGCAAUCACUCUUCAGUUUGCCUGAUGUGUUAUCUUUUACAGUAUCAGAUCAUUCAUGUCGAACUAUCGAUAUUCUAUGUGAUAUCGAAGGUGUGUGUUUCUAAAGCAUCAAUGUUAUCCUUCAUCGUCCUCGCAAGAUGUGUUAACUGAGAUGGAUGGGAUUGUCGAACAGAGCACUUUACUUUUGCUCAUUGUGAUUUGAUGGACAGGACUCACCACCAUAUAUGCUUGCUGUGUUUUGCUCUUGCGAGAGCGAGGGGCCCGAGUUAGUUAAAGUUUUGACGGGGAAGCAAGCAUGAUGGACGAUAUCUGGUGGCUCAAAAGGGAGACGGAGGAGGAGAUCGUAUUCCGUUAGCGGAUCGUUUCGGGCAACCCCGGUCUCCCUCGCACCGACCUCAGCACGAGACACUCCACCCCUAUAUAUUCUCCUGUCUUCCCCUUCACAUUUCUUGAAACGCCUCGUUUCCUCUCUGUCUUCUCUCGCCCUUUGACGAAGCAGAGAGAUCGAUGCAGCAAGAGGUUGUUUCUCCCAGCAAUGGCGACCGCCUCGGUUCUUCGAUCACAUCGCCGUCAUUCGUUUCACCAGAUCGACGGCCCCAGUCCCCCGUAUACUUCAACAGUGGUGGCGAUCUCCCGUGCACGUACCCCGUCUUCUCACCCGAGGACAGCUUGGCGCUCUUGAGCCCUUUUCUCCCCGCCUCCGGCUCUGUCUCGUUAUCCCCCUCGUCUGUUUACUUCGAUGAGGUGGAAGCCGCCGCCACCGCCACUGAAAACCGCCUCUACCUGGCCCGACUCGCCCUCCAAUACCAGGAGAUGACCGAGAACUACGACCUCUGCCUCUCCCACCUCCGCGACGCCGCCGAGGAGGUUGAGUCCCUCCGCCGCGAGAACGCGAGCCUCCGAGCGGCCAAUGUAGAGCUUACAAGGCGGCUCGGUCUCCUCGCCGGGAAGCACGGCGGUCGUGUGACGAUAUCCGCGGCUGCGGCACUGGCUGAUGAGUUCCGUGGACUCAGCGUCGCCGAACCACCGCCCGCCGAGGAGAGCCCCACGAGCGUUCUCGCCUUCCAGGAAAGCGUCAGUGGCUGCCAGUUUACGAGGACGCCGGUUGUCGAGAAGCGGGUCUCGCUGCCUAAGAGCAUCUCGAUUCGGUCCAGUGGGUACCUGAAGCUGAACCCGGGCGGCGGAGCCACUUCGGCUGCGAACCGCAACGGCCGGUUUCGCCUUUCCAACCCCGUCAUGAUCGGCUCGCAGCGGGUGUCCGUGGGAGGGGGAAGCACCAAUAAGAAGGGCGAAAGAAGCAGAGGAGAGGACAAAGAAGAGGAGGGGGAGGAGGGGGGCGGCGGAGCAAUGGAGGUGGAAGUCUACCACCAGGGGAUGUUCAAGACGGAGCUGUGCAACAAGUGGGAGGAGAGCGGGGAGUGCCCCUACAGCGACCACUGCCAGUUCGCCCACGGCGUAGCCGAGCUCCGCCCUGUCCUCCGCCACCCCCGCUACAAGACCGAGCUCUGCCGCAUGGUCGUCUCCGGUGGCACCUGUCCUUACGGCCACCGGUGCCACUUCCGCCACUCCCUCUCUCCCUCGGACCACCAACGCCUCCUCCUCCGCCCUCAGUAGAGAUUGCUGCUGUUCCUAUAUCCUACUCAAAACAUACGUAGCAUGGCAAACAUAUCCUCUGACCGUAAUUAAUGACAAUAAAUAAAAAAGAAACAAAAGCUUACCACAAAAAUGAAACAUUGAGUACCGAAGUUAUGUUCUCCCCCUAACCAAAAUUAUUACGAAUGCUGAAGGAAGAGUAGCAGAUUUAAUCCGUUACGAGUUGGUGUGAAUAUGCAUAAAGAAAGCAGGCGAUCCCGUAUGGUUCUGUUUGUAAAUGGCUUUUGCUCUGGAUAUGUUUGCCUUAGUCAAUAAUCAAUGUGUGUAGAUGUAAGUAUGGCAUAGAAAUAUAUGACUCAUUGUCUAGUGAGGGUGGAAGAGAACUGAUGGAGUGAUUUCUUGGUCUUAGUUUUCUGGAUUUUGGUCUGGUUUAAAUUUCCUGUGGAGAAAGACUGGUGGGAUCGUAGGAGCUGUUUCCCAUUUCUCCUUUUCGAUUUUCUCUUUCUUCUUAUUUCUUUAAUUGCCUCCACCAAACUCUUGUAGUCAUUGAGAUACAUGUGGAUGCCUUUUGAAGCAACGAGUAUUUGUCAAUCGUCUUCUUUUCUUUUCUUUUUUUUAUUUUCUUUUUACCGUUUUCUCAUCAUUGUUGCCUUUCCCUUACUGCGAGAGUUGCUAAGCAAGAAAUCAUAUGCCAAUCCACCAGAAAGAUUGGGCAAUGUGCCGCUUGAAUGGGUUGUGAGAAAUUCUGUGCCGAAAUGAUCAUAGGCUUCCA